UCAUACUAUUCUUCUUUUCUGAUCUUAUGCUCUAAUAAACUUUUGCCUGCUGCUUAUUUUAUGUCUACAUCUUCAUUCUUCAAAGAGAGCAAAUCUUCCCUGCAAAGUAUUUAAAGGCAAGAACACACCUGUAGUCAAUUAUCUGGUUCUCAUCAGGACACUGAAUUUUACAAACUGUGCAAACUUGGGGAUGACAAUGAAACACUUCUUGUAUUUGGCUGCCGCUGCUGCUUUCCUGCCUAUUUUGACUAUAAGAGCAAAACCUGCUCCCGUUCCAUACGACACACUGCUCACUGAACUGGCAACCGUCCAAGAAGAAAUCGUUACUGUACAUAACAGCCUCAGGAGAGGGGUAAUUCCAUCAGCCAGCAACAUGCUGAAGAUGGACUGGAGUGAGGAAGCUGCACGAAAUGCCAGAAUGUUGUCAACGCAGUGUGAAUUAAAAAAAAGCAACGCACUUAGGAGGCGAAUUACAAAUACUUUUUGUGGAGAAAAUAUGCAUUUGACAUCUUAUCCCAUUUCAUGGUCAAAUGUAAUUGAAAUCUGGUACAAUGAAUCUAAAUAUUUCAACCAUGGGGAAUGGACGCCAAUGGAUGAUGACAUAACAGUUGAGCAUUAUACUCAGGUUGUUUGGGCCACUUCUUACCUCAUUGGCUGUGGAAUAUCAUCAUGCCGCCAAAGACAGUCAACUCAAUAUCUCUACGUUUGUCACUAUUGUCACGAGGGAAAUGAUCCUGACAAAAAUGAUGAACCUUAUAAGGUGGGAACCCCAUGUGAAGACUGUCCAAAUGAUUGUGAAAAUAAGCUUUGUACUAACCCCUGCCUCUACUAUGAUGAACUCAGUAACUGUGAGACACAAACACGUGGUUUUGGAUGCAGGAGCCAGUCAGUUCGACACUUCUGCAAAGCUAGUUGUCUGUGUGACACGGAGAUAAAAUAAUAUUUGUUGUUUGCAACUACAAUGUUCUGUUGGAGAAAUGUCUGCUGGUUUACUCCUUUUACCUUACUUUGCUUCAGUAGCCUUUGCUGAGUUUCAUUUGGUUUUAAUUACACUUUAGAUCCUAUUUUUUUUUUUUUUUACUAAUCACAUACAGGCAUCAGUAGAUAGAUAUCAAUGCCACCCACUCGUGUCCUGACCCAACCCUGUUUUAAACUUCCUUACUGCAGAAGUGAAGCGUCCAGCUCAACACUUGCCCCAUGUUUCCACCCCGUGACUAGUAGUUCCCAGGUUGACAAAAUUCAACUAACGGUGUAACCGGUCCCCUUGACAAUAACCUUUGACAGAGGAGAGUCUGUUAACUCCUUCUCCUCCUUUCCCAUGUUCCAACUUCCUUGAUGUUUGUCUUUCCUGCCCAACUAACAUGCACUGUAAUUCUUUACAUCUUAACUUUACUUUGGUUUUAAAUUGAUGAUUAAAAUAAUCCACAAAACAA